AUGAGUCCCAUUAACCAUUCAAAUGGUUGUUUAGGUGUUUUGGAUAAGAGGGAUACAGUAUGGUAUGGCUGGGGUGACGGUUCUGGUUGGGAAUGGGGUAGAUGGAUUCUAUUUGCUUUAUUCGGUUUAGCCUUAAUUGUAUUCUUAAUCAGUACAUUAUUAAUAAAUAGAAGAAGAUCUCAAACAGGGAGGGCUCCUAUAAGAGGUACAGCUUGGUUAACCCCUCCAACUUAUAGACAAUCACAAAGAGAAUACAAUGGUAAUUCAGGGAGAGUUGUUGAGGAUUUUGUCCCAACUUAUACAGAGAAGGCUAAUACUGAAGAUUUAGGCCAUUUUAAUCAGCGUGGUGAGUUUAUACCGAAUGAAGAAGCAGAAUAUGUGGCCCCUCCUGUCUUGGAUUCUGAAAUGAACAGACAACCUAUGAAUGGCCAUGAUCAGUCAAUUCCUGUUCCACCGCCUGCUGUUGUUCAUGAUGGGGAUUCUUCAGAAUUUGAUUUUGAUAGACAAUUUAGAAGAGAUACAACAUUUACUACAGCAAGCAAUUCAAUUACAAAUAAUAAUUUGAAUCAUAUCGAUUCAGAACCAUCGGAUCCGAGUUCAUCUGGAGGUUUAGCCUUUUCAGUGGCUACGAGCAGUGGAAAAUUGUCUGCGACAGAAAAGGUACAUGAAACAUGA